AUGGACGACAUAUUUGACGAUGAUGGUGCCGUUGAUGCCACCGCAGAUAUUACAAGGGGCCAAUAUACCCAGGGAUACAGAGAAGGUCUCAAUCUGAAUCGUAAUGUGAAUCUUCAAAAAGGUUUCGAUAUCGCGUACCCUAAGGGUGCCAGCAUUGCCAUAGAAAUUGGCCAAAUUCUAGCAAGAGCGAAAAGACUAGAUGCCGAUAUUUAUCUGCAAGCUAAAAGGGAACUAGCGAUCAGUGAGUUUUUGGAUAUUAAGCACUUUGACGCUGAAUAUGAACUCAAUGAUGACGGGAAAGCGAUUUUGUCCAAAUGGAACUCGCUUGUAGCAUAA